UGAUUGUUGGUUUGGUGAGAUUAGACUGACAGACGAGAAGAAGUAGUAAGUUAAAUGGUCAGGGUAGAAGAGAAGCUGUUAAGAAAUAAGAAGUUGGAAAGUCCAAAAAUGGUGCCCCAUUUUACUUAUUCUAAAUACCUCCUUGAUACCAUGAUCAUUCCGCAUUAUGUCUGAUUUUGCACGGUAGAAGAGCUUGUUUUCAUUGGUUAAUCAGAUAGUGCGAAUCAUUCUUCCAAAGUACAUUUUCUGAUAUGACUGAUUAGCAGAUAAUAGUAAUGUACAAAACAAUUACAGCAUUUGCGAAAAGCGCACAAAAUUACUACGGCAGCGGCAGCAGCCUAUUUUCGACCUGCUUGGUAGAAACACGUUUGAAUUGUCAUUUGGAAUUCGAUAGCGAAUAGUAUUCAAAUUAUUUUACCGUUUUUAUUUGAUUCAGUUUGUUUAACCGUGUAUUGAAAUAACUUAAAAUUCUUCCGAUAACAAUCAUGGAUAUCAUGAUAAAGUUGAACAAUCAAACCGCGGGGAGAGACAGAUUAAUGCGAUUGUUGCAGUACGGGUGUCGUGCUUCUUCGUAUUAUGCGGAGAGUACACUCUAUUCAAAACAGGUGGAAAUUCUUAAGAGCCUGGAAUUUACCUUUAGUUCGUUCCGAAAAUUGCUCCGUCUUGGAAGAUGUUUGGACAGUCUAUAUCAAGCUUCACAAAUGACGAAGCAAUCGGAAUUGGUGGUAAGGAUAACAUUAAUUAUGGCAAAAGUAUCAAAUGCCUUAUAUCUACUAGCGGAUCAUCUUAUCUGGAUGGGCAGAAUGGGGAUCAUGAAUGUGAAUUUAACAAAAUGGACUGAAACUGCAAACAAAUAUUGGCUAAUGAACAUCAUUAUGAAUUUAUUAAGAGAUACUUAUGAGAUCUUUAAGAUUUUUAAACAAGAGCGGAUGUACUCACAAAUGCAAAGUCGCAAUAUAGUCAAAUGGCAUUAUAUUCCACUCUCUUUGAGACUUCACAAGCCAGUUGUAUUGGACACUAUCAAGAAUGGAUGUGAUUUAUUUAUUCCAUUAACAGCAUUAGGUCAUGUAAAAUUCUCUUCAGGUACAGUGGGUAUACUUGGCAUAAUUUCCUCAUUGAUUGGUUUGUAUACAAUUAUUGAUCCAUAUUCUAAAAUAUGUCCUUCUUAGUGUUAAAAUAGAAUAUUUUUCACUAUGUAAUCCAUGUGCUCAGGUUCUGUAUUCCAUAAAUUAGGGAUAUUUUAAUUAUUAAGAAAUAUUAUUACAACAUAAUAUCAAAUGAAUACAAUUCAACAUUCUUAAUGAUCAUAAUGCAGCAUAUAAGUUAAUUUAGUAUUAUUGUUUAAAUCAAUGUUCUUUAAUAAUUAAGCUAAUGUUAAGUUGGGAUAAAGUAUCUCUGUACUUCUGUCGGUCUAUCAUUGUUUCAAAGACUUUUAUAUUCAACUUUCUACAAAAUUACAUCAAAUUCUUUAAAUAAUCGAAUUUCUUUAAAUAAUUGUAUUAAAAAAAUUUAUCAUAAAGUAUCAUGUAACUUACUUAUGAAAUACAAUUUGAUAAAUAAAUUAUACCUGACUUAUUUGACCAAAUUGUAUUUGAAAUAUCAUGAAAUGUUAAAAUAUGACUAAAAUGAAACUGAUAUUAAAUGAACUAAUGAUUGUAAUUAUAAAAAAAUAUUUGCAAUUUGUAUUUCUUUUUAUUUCUUUUAUUGAAUUUCCUUGAUCUUCUAUAAUGCCUUCUGUUGCAUUAGAUAACAAGGUGCCUCUAUUUAAUUUUUAUUGCUUAAGCUUUACACCAUUGGAAAGAAUCUGCAGAUUGGACCGAAAAGUUUACUGUUCAUUUGUACCCUUCUGGAACAUUUAUAUAUUUGUUCUUCUAUUUACUUAGAUUCUGUUCAACAACAAUUGCAAUUUAGGCUUCUAUAGGUUAUUUUUUCUGUACUUUUACUUGGUUAUAACUCUCAUGGAUAACACAUAAUUACAUUCAUUUAUCAAAAUGUCCAUAACAUAUACAUUAAAAUUAAAGACACAAAUCUUAUUCUAAAAUAUACGAAUAUAAAAACAAAGUCUUAUUGUGACUUUUUUAAAUACAUAAAAAUGGAAA